CAUAUCUAGCAAGCUACACUACACAUUAUCUCCCAACCAUACGACAGGUUUGCUCUUUCUCAUGCUCUUAAUCCCAAGGCUGAAGCGGAUGUUUAGGUCUGAGGAAAUGGCCAAAAACUUAAGGUGGCAUGCUACUAACAAGAGCACAGAUUUGAAACUCAGACAUCCAGUAGACUCUGUGACUUGGGAUCAGAUGAGUCACAAAUAUCCUUCAUUCGCGGCUGAGGAAAGAAAUAUCCGGCUAGGACUAUCCACAGAUGGGUUUAAUCCCAUUGACAUGAAGAAUAGUCAGUAUAGUUGUUUGCCGGUUCUAUUAGUAAACUACAAUCUACCUCCACAUCUAUGUAUGAAAAAGGAGAAUAUUAUGCUCACCUUGCUAAUUCCUGGUCCACAUCAGCCUGGUAACAAUAUUGACAUCUACCUAGAACCUCUAAUAGAUGACCUAAACCAUUUGUGGAGUGAAGGAGAGUCAACUUAUGAUGCCUUGAUUAAAUCUGUGUUUACUCUUAAAGCAAUGCUUCUUUGGACUAUUAGUGAUUUCCCAGCGUAUGGAAAUCUUGUUGGAUGCAAAGUGAAGGGGAAAAUGGGAUGUCCUUUAUGUGGUAAACACACAGAUAGUAUGUGGCUUAAGUUUGGUAGAAAGCAUGUUUACAUGCACCAUAGAAAGGGUCUUCCACCAUCGCAUAGGUAUCGGGUUAAGAAGGCUUGGUUUGAUGGACAUACAAAACAUGGGAGAAAGUCAAGGAUUUUGAGUGGUCAUGAUAUUUCUCAUUUACUGUGAAAUUUUAAAAAUACUUUUGGGAA